AUGGUUACCUCUUCCCCAGAACUUGAAUUCGGGGAAGGGAGUGUGAAUCAGCUGGGCGGCGUGUUUCUAAACGGCCGUCCUCUACCCGUCUGUAAACGGAGACUGAUGAUUGAGCUCGCGAACGAGGGCGUGAGACCGUGUGAGAUCUCCAGAAUACUGAAGGUCUCCAACGGCUGCGUCAGUAAGAUUUUGGGCAGGUUUCAGCGCACAGGGUCCAUUGGUCCUAAAGCAACGGGAGGCAGCAGACCCAGACUCCUGACUCCUGAUGUCGUCUCCAUCAUAGCGCAGCACAAGCGGCAGAACCCGGCUCUUUUCGCCUGGGAGAUCCGACAAAAGCUGGCUACAGAUCGAGUAUGCAGCGGAGAUAAAGUCCCCAGU